GUUCCUCCAUUGGCACAUUGGCACUCUUGGACUUGGGUCUGGAUGCAUACAUAACUAACUCUACAUGAACCGAGGAAAUCAUCUCUCGCUUGACUUCUCUCUGCUCGUGAUGAUGGUUGCAGUGGCAAGUGGUUGAAGACUCUCAUGUUCCAACACCGAUACGUGUGGAUUAUUCGUGGAUGAUUAUAUCCGGCUACUGCCCACUAGGAGUCUAGGUACACCACUUGCUUGCUCUCUUUCAAGUUAUAACUCCCAAGUCCUGCCGACAACAACCACUUGCAUCGAGACGUGCACAUCACCUCACGCGCGGCCAGCAACGCACGACAGCAACACAGAACUGGUCAACUUGGUGGGAGUAAUAGCAUUGGGGACUUGAACCAGACAAGUCCAACUGGAAAGAGGACUGGGAUAGCAGUCAGCAAAGGGACCCAAACAUAAUGACCGACGAACAAGAUGGACGCGACAACAACCCGGCGCAAGUCGAGGACUCGGCGCCCGAUCUGCGCAUUUUGGGUGACCGUAUCACUUUCCAGCCCAGCGGCUUUGUGGCGCCCUCCAAGGGUACCGUAGGUGAUGAGAAGGAGGAGGCUCUGAUGAAGAACAUGGCGCGCUUUCGCUCGGAGCCGCUACAAUUCCUCCGCGAAGUCUCCCUCUACGUCUCCGGUACAGGCUGGCGCGCCUACGACGAUGUCAUCGGCCAACCCGUCUUCUACCCAGGCUAUACCGAGCACAUCAAGUCGCAAGUCAUGUCGGCCACGCUAUUGCAGACCAAGAUCGCACAACUAGCUGACAUGCGCCUGUCAAUCGAGGAAAAGCAGGGACUACUCAACAAGAACGACAGGAACUUCGAAACCAAGCGCAACCAGCGCCGCUCUGUACUCGUUCAGAGUCUCCAAGAGGUCGCCGAGCAGCUUACGGACAACAUGGUGUGCAAGAUGGAGAGCAAAACUUUCAUCAGAGGUGCUUACUACAUGGUCACCCAGAUGCUGUUAAGGGCCUACCACCAAGGCAUCCACGUCUCUAGCGAGGAGGUGCUGAGGUUGCGAAAUGUGGCCCGGGAAGCGGAAAAGAAGGGACAGAGCAUCAUCUUCUUGCCGUGCCAUCGAUCGCAUGUCGAUUAUGUUGCGUCCCAGUUGCUUUGCUAUAGACUGGGCUUGGCUAUGCCAGUCGUUGUCGCUGGCGAUAACCUGAACUUUCCGCUGGUAGGAAAUUUCUUGCAGCAUGCCGGUGCCAUGUACAUCCGCCGCUCCUUUGGCGACGACCAACUGUACACCACUCUCGUCCAAGCCUACAUCGACGUCCUCCUCCAGGGCGGCUACAACUUCGAAUGCUUCAUCGAAGGUGGCCGCUCACGUACGGGCAAACUGCUCCCGCCCAAGUUCGGCAUUCUCAGAUUCAUUCUCGACAGUAUCCUGUCCGGCCGUGUCCAAGACGCCGUCAUCUGCCCCGUAUCAUACCAGUACGACAAGGUGGUGGAAACAGAGGGUUACGUGACCGAGCUGCUUGGCGUACCCAAGAAGAAGGAGAACCUGGCAGACUUCCUCAGUGGCGGAUCAAGUGUGUUGUCACUGCGCCUGGGCAGGGUUGACGUCCGUUUCCAUGAGCCGUGGAGCCUACGGGGUUUCAUUGACGAACAGGUUACCAGGCUGUCCAAGAUACCGUCUAGCAUCAACUGGAAGGACAUGAAGAACUCGAUUGUGCGGCAGAAGCUUCUUCGCACGCUUGGGUACAAGGUUUUGGCAGAUAUCAACCAUGUCUCGGUGGUGAUGCCUACAGCCCUGAUCGGUACCGUUCUACUCACCCUUCGCGGCCGUGGUGUUGGCCGUGCUGAAUUGAUUCGCCGUGUCGAGUGGUUGACGGCCCGCGUCCGAGCCAAGGGUGGACGUGUCGCCCAUUUCGGAAACACGCCCGUCUCAGACGUGAUUGAGCGUGGUCUAGAGGUCCUCGGAAAGGACCUAGUUGGCGUUGUCGAGGGCCUGGCGGAGCCCACUUACUAUGCCGUUGACCGGUUCCAGCUGUCCUUCUACCGAAACAUGACCAUCCACCUGUUCAUUUCCGAGGCGCUGGUUGCUGCGGCUCUCUAUACGCGCGUCAAGCGUGGUGGUGGGCCGGCGAUCCAAGAUAUUCCGUACCAGGACUUGCAUGACCAAGUUUUGUUCCUGUCGUCGCUCUUCCGCGGCGAAUUCAUUUACUCGGGCGAGGGUCUGGCGGUCAACUUGGAGAAAACUCUCAUGGGACUAGAGGCAGAUAAUGUCGUCUUCCUAGAGAGGGAUGAGCUCACAGGUGCCAUCACCAAGGUCGGGCUGUCGGAUGCAGAGCGCGCGGCGGGCAGAGAGAACUACGAUUUCUACUGCUUCCUCAUCUGGCCAUUCAUCGAGGCAAGCUGGCUUGCUUCGGUGUCGAUUAUGGGGUUGACGCCUCCAUUGGGACAGAAGGAUGAUAUUUGGAUUCAGUUUUCCAAGGCACAGGAAAGUGCACAGCUUCUCGGCAAAACCCUCUACCACCAAGGCGACCUCUCCUACUUUGAAGCCGUCAACAAAGAAACGCUCAAGAACUCGUACCAGCGCUUCGAAGAAGAGGGCAUCAUUCAAGUCGUCAAGUCCAAAGACCCCAAGGUCCCUCCGCGCAUGCGUCUCGCGCCCGAAUGGCGGCCCGCCAGAGACGACAUCUCGGGCGUGCUCAUCGCGUCCGGGCGUCUGUGGGAUUUCACCGAGAAGAUCGCGUCAAGCAGGCGAGAAGGCAAGAACAGACGGGAUGGAGCUACGGUGAGUACCAGGGUGGUCAGGUUGACGGACGAUUUGGGCCAGAAGCUGUUUGAGGAGGCGAUUGCGGGUACAGAUGGUGGGAAGAAGGGUAAAGGAAAGGGUAAAGGGAAGGGCAAGGGAGGGGCGCCGACGAGGUUGAGUAGGGAGGAGGAAAAGACUUUGACGGCGGAUUUGAAGGAGAGUAAGAGGAGGAGAACGUUGGAGAAUCGGGCGCAUUUGUGAGGGGGGUUGGUGGAGGGUUUUGGAAAAUAUGAUACAAUACAUAUCCGGCCUUGAUCUCGUCAAUCCUUUGUGUCGUUGUCCGAAGCAUCUUGUCCCUUUGGCUCUUGAUCCAGAGGCAUCCUCUACUGUGGUUGACCAUGUUACUAGCUUUAUCGCCGUUGCAGAAUCUGCACGGGUGUCUCCACUAACUUAGCUACCGUCAAGGCAAAAGUUGUGGUCUUGGCACAUAUUUAUAGCGCAGCCAGUGGUAGCAGUUAAAGGUCUUAACAAUUACG